AUGGCACAAAGUCUGCGCCGGAGUGUGUCUCCGUAUGCCUCCAGCUACAGUAAUGGUGGUAGUGAAAGAAACAAUCACUUGCACUCUCCUAUAACUUUGCCAAACGGGGAUGGAUACGACAGUGAUGGCUCAAAUAUAUCGUCAUCUGCUCCGGCAAGUCCUUUAAUGGCACUUCCAGCUGAACUAGCUGGCGCUAUACCUUUGCUUGAGAGAUUCCAGGUCGAGGGAUUCUUAAAAAUGAUGCAGAAACAGAUUCAGUCAACUGGAAGACGUGGAUUUUUCUCUAAAAAACUCACAGGCCCUCCAGUUAAGGAGAAAUUCACAUUUGAGGAUAUGCUAUGUUUCCAGAAGGAUCCUAUCCCAACUUCUUUACUGAAAAUCAACGGCGAUUUGAUAGGACGGGCCACUAAGCUGUUUCUGAUAAUUUUGAAGUACAUGGGGGUUGAUUCUUCUGAUCGAGCAACUCCAGCUAGUUUAGAUGAGCGGAUUGAGCUGGUUGGUAAAUUGUACAAGCACACAUUGAAGCGUGCCGAGCUCCGGGAUGAACUUUUUGCCCAGAUUUCUAAACAAACAAGAAAUAACCCAGACAAGCAGUAUUUGAUUAAAUCAUGGGAGCUAAUGUAUUUAUGUGCUUCCUCCAUGCCUCCCAGCAAGGACAUUGGUGGAUAUCUAUCUGAGUAUGUACAUGAUAUCGCUUAUGGUGCGAGUACAGAGGCUGAUGUCCAAUUCCUUGCUUUAAAUACUUUGAAUGCUUUGAAGCGCUCUGUUAAGGCCGGUCCUCGGCAUACAAUACCUGGCCGUGAGGAAAUUGAAGCUCUUCUGACUGGUCGAAGGCUUACAACAAUAGUAUUCUUUUUGGAUGAGACUUUUGAAGAAAUCACAUAUGACAUGGCCACAACUGUUGCUGAUUCUGUUGAGGAGCUUGCUGGGAUAAUUAAGCUGUCCGCAUAUUCUAGUUUCAGUCUCUUUGAAUGCCGCAAGGUUGUCACAGGUUCCAAAUCAGCUGACCCUGGAAAUGAGGAGUACGUUGGGUUAGAUGAUAACAAGUACAUUGGGGAUUUGCUAGCUGAAUUCAAGGCAGCCAAAGAGAGAAGUAAAGGAGAAAUUUUACACUGCAAACUGAUUUUCAAGAAGAAGCUAUUUCGUGAGUCUGAUGAAGCUGUAACAGACCUAAUGUUUGUGCAAUUAUCAUAUGUUCAGUUGCAACAUGACUAUGUGCAAGGAAACUAUCCGGUUGGAAGGGAUGAUGCUGCACAAUUGUCUGCCUUGCAAAUCUUAGUUGAGAUUGGAUAUGUUGGUAGCCCUGAAUCAUGCACUGAUUGGACUACUCUCCUUGAACGAUUCCUACCAAGGCAAAUUGCAAUUACACGAGGAAAGCGGGAUUGGGAGUUGGAUAUUCUGUCUCGUUACCGUUCACUAGAAAAUCUGACAAAAGAUGAUGCCAGACAACAGUUUUUGCGGAUAUUGAGGACUCUUCCUUAUGGAAAUUCAGUUUUCUUUAGUGUUCGCAAGAUUGAUGAUCCCAUUGGUCUUUUGCCAGGAAGGAUAAUUCUUGGGAUCAAUAGAAGAGGGGUACACUUUUUCCGGCCAGUUCCAAAGGAGUAUCUACAUUCUGCUGAGUUGAGAGACAUAAUGCAAUUUGGCAGCAGCAACACGGCUGUUUUCUUCAAGAUGAGAGUCGCUGGUGUUCUUCACAUUUUCCAGUUUGAGACGAAGCAGGGAGAAGAAAUCUGUGUUGCCCUUCAAACACACAUAAACGACGUCAUGUUACGUCGAUAUUCCAAAGCUCGCUCAGCUACUGGCAGCUUGAUGAAUGGAGAUCUUUCUAAUAAUUCAAAACCACCUGCGAAUGUCGAGAUUUAUGAAAAGCGUAUACAGGAUUUAUCCAAAAGUAUUGAGGAAUUCCAGAGAAAUACUGAUCAGUUAGUUCAAGAAUUGCAUGUAAGGCAAGAGCAAGAGCUAAGAUUGCAAGAUGAAUUGGAGGGGUUGAGAGAUUCGUUGAGGUCCGAGCAGCAGAACUCAACAGCUCUCACAAUUGACCGCAAUAGACUUAGAUCCUUGUGUGCUGAAAAGGACAAAGCUCUUCAGACUGCGCUGUUGGACAAGAGGAACAUGGAAUCGAAGUUGUCCAGUCUUGGUGAUCUAGCAUCUAGCAAAGCGAACAUGGUUGCAACUAAUUAUCAGAAGGAGUCUCUGAAGUUGCAAGAAGAACUAAAAUUACAAAAGGAGGAGCUGCAUACAAUGCAAGAAAGUCUAGAAAAGCUCAGAAAUGAAAAUAUGUUUUUAGAAGAGAAGAUCUCUAGACUCGAGAAGAAGAAAAUUGAUGAGAUUGAAGUUCGCGAAAGAAACUUUGUUCAGGAAAGGAAAGCAUCAAAGCUCCGUAUUAGUGAAUUGGAAAAGAAGCUUGAAGUUGCCAGUCAGGAUUUGACUAUUGCUAAGUCCACUCUGGCAGAUAGGGAGGCAGAUUACUCUGUCCUGCAGAAUAAUUUGAAAGAAUUGGAGGACCUAAGAGAAAUGAAAGAGGACAUCGAUAGAAAGAAUGAGCAGACUGCUGCUGUUUUGAAAAUGCAAGGGGCGCAACUAGCUGAGAUGGAGGCGCUUUACAAGGAAGAACAAGUGCUGCGCAAGCGGUACUUUAACAUGAUUGAAGAUAUGAAAGGCAAGAUCAGAGUUUAUUGCCGCUUAAGACCUCUAAACGAGAAAGAAAUUGCUGAAAGGGAAAGGCAAAUCGUCUCGAGCACAGAUGAGUUCACAGUAGAGCACCCAUGGAAGGAUGACAAGGCAAAACAACAUUUGUAUGAUCGUGUCUUUGAUGGCAGUGCAUCACAAGAAGAUAUAUUUGAAGAUACAAGAUACCUGGUUCAAUCCGCUGUUGAUGGAUAUAAUGUUUGUAUUUUCGCUUAUGGUCAAACCGGCUCUGGGAAGACAUUUACAAUAUACGGCUCAGAUGGAAAUCCUGGACUCACACUAAGGGCAACUGCAGAGAUCUUUAACAUCUUGAAACGCGAUAGCAAGAAAUUCUCGUUUUCUUUGAAGGCAUAUAUGGUUGAGCUGUAUCAGGAUACACUUGUUGACCUUUUACUGCCAAAAACUGCAAAGCCUUUGAAAUUGGACAUAAAGAAAGACUCAAAGGGUAUGGUCUCAGUCGAAAAUGCGACAGUUAAGUCAAUCUCGUCGUUUGAGGAUCUAAAAACCAUUAUCCAACGAGGAUCAGAGCGUCGACAUACAUCCGGGACUCAAAUGAACGAAGAAAGUUCUCGGUCCCAUUUGAUACUCUCUGUCGUGAUAGAGAGCACAAACCUUCAGACGCAGUCUGUUGCAAGGGGAAAGAUAAGUUUCGUGGACCUUGCUGGUUCAGAACGGAUCAAGAAAUCAGGCUCCACCGGGAACCAACUGAAAGAAGCUCAAAGCAUAAACAAAUCACUAUCUGCUCUAGGAGAUGUGAUCAGUGCAUUGUCCACCGGUGGCCAACACAUUCCGUACAGAAAUCACAAGCUGACCAUGUUGAUGAGCGACUCUCUGGGUGGUAAUGCCAAGACCCUCAUGUUUGUAAAUGUUUCCCCAGCUGGAUCGAAUUUAGAUGAAACAUACAACUCCCUCACGUAUGCAUCACGAGUACGAGCCAUAGUGAACGACCCAAGCAAGAACGUUUCGUCGAAAGAGAUAGCUCGGUUGAAGAAGCAAAUAGCACACUGGAAAGAGCAGGCGGGUAGAAGGGGAGAUGAAGAGGAGUUGGAAGAGAUUCAAGAACAGAGAACUCCAGCUAAAGAAAGGUCCGACGGGCGAUAUUCCCUGUGA